AUGUUUAACGAAGACAAGUCGAAACAAAAUCUGUUAACGUGUAAUUGUCAAAAGGCAUACACACCAGCAAUUGAAGGAAAAAAAAUAACAAAAUGUUUAUUUGAAUUAGUAUUAAUCGAAAAAAUCUUCAACAAUUAUGUCCUUGCUGUUGCAGUACAAAUCAUGAUGAAGGGAAGGGAUGAACGUGUAACAAAAUCGAAUUGCGCUUGGAAUUCCCCCAGAAUGAUGUCGUGGCGCAGUCAUAAAAUUAACAAAUUACAAACAGUUUUUAUUUAUGUAAUGGAUUGUAACAUUAACUCAUUCAUUCUUUCUUAUACUGUACAUUCUGUCUCAACUCACCAUUCAAGAAAGUUAAGUUUAAGUGCUCAAUGGGCUAGCACAGUAAAGAGCAAAAGCACACAUACAAUCAUUGAGCUGCUGCUAACAACAUUCCAUUAUAUGUAG